GUUGUGAGAUGGCCACCAGCUAGUUAUACUCCAGGUAUAGCUCAGGUUAGAUCAGCUCACCUCAUCUCCAAGCUCAAGGAUGGAUAGUAUCAAGAAGAAAAUGGAAAAGCUGGCGACAGAAACUGCUGAGGCUGAGGCAAGGAUAGAGAGGUAUGAGACCAUCAAGGCUGCUAAUGAGCUUGAAGCUGAGAAGUUUGAAGAACAGCUGAGAAAUAUUCAGAAGAAGAUGCAGAGCAUGGAAGGACAGUUUGAUGGAUGUACUGAAGAUUUAUUCAAUCAAACCAUCAAGUUGGAGGAAAUGGAAAAGAAAGCUGGCAAUGCUGAGAGUGAUGUUUCAGGCCUGCGCUCAAGGUUGAUUCUGUUACAGGAGAACAAUGAGAAGCAAGAGGAAAGGUUGGCCAAGUGUACCCUGGAGCUGGCUGGGGCUUGUGUCAGAGCAGACGGGAGUGUUAAGAAGCGACAUGAUUUGGAAAACGGGUGUUCUAAUAACGAAGAACAGAUUGAUGGGCUGGAAAAGCAGUUAAAAGAUGCACAGUUCAUGCAUAGGGAGUCAGAAAGAAAGUAUGAAGAUAUCUCUAGAAAGAUGGCUACCCUUGAUGCUGAUGCAGCAAGGGGAAAUGAAAGAGCUGAUGGAGCUGAGAAAAAGAUCUUAGAUUUAGAGGAGGAACUUAAGGUUGUUGGUCAAAGUCUUCAGCAACUAGAGGUAGGUGAAGAGCAACGGAGGAUUCGGGAGGAACAACUUCAAGCCCAGAUAAUGGAUUUGAGAAACAAACUAAAGGCCUCUGAGUACAGAGGAGAGCAGGCAGAGAUGAACAUUCAGAGAUUAAAUGUUAGAAUCGAUCAGGUGGAGGAGGAUCUCCUCCAAGAGAAGUUGAAGAUUAAGAAGAUAAGCGAUGAUCUGAACCAAACAUUUGAGGAUAUGCUCUCAUUAGGAUGCUAGAAACACCUUGAUGUUAACAGUCUUAACUUUACGCACUAAUCCAUUCUUAUUCUCGAAUCAUUUGUUCCUGAAUCUCUACAGGGAAAAUGCUUUUUUUCAAAAGCAGAUUAGGCUGAGCCAUUUUAAAUUGCAUGCCCAAUGCUGCAUUGAUGUUAAUCACAUUUAAUCUAGGAUAUAGGUUUAUUUCAUUCAAAUUAAAAAUACUUUCUGUUUGUUCUUGUUUAUUUUCUGUAUGGGUUCUUUGCAGUUGUAUUUAACAUCAUUUGAUUACCCUUACUGAAAACGUCCCGAAACCAGUUAUUUCUAUAUGGAUGCCAUAAGAAGAUCAUUUUAUUGCAGAA